AUGGCAGAGGCAGCGGAGGUGGAUUUCAAUGUGGGGGCCAAGGGCAGCUCUGGCCCAACCGAGGAAUGCAAGAAGCAGCUGGUGGACAACAAGCUGGACACGAUGUUCCGGGGCGGCAAGGUGGACAACUACUUCAAGGUCUCCCAGCGUGGGUCAAACCUGACCACCGAAAUCCGUGCUGGCAUCACCACCUUCUUGACGGCAGCCUACAUUAUGGCCGUGAACCCCAACAUUCUGAGCACCACGGGGCUGAAGUUCGAAGGCCUGGUUUUCGCGACAGCUGGGUCAAGCUGCAUUGCGAUCCUCGGCUGGCUGCAGGAUAGGAUCGCGGAUUCGGCUUUCGUGUUAGAGAAGUUGAGGGCUCGCCAGGUCGCGAUGGGUUUUGAUGCAUGGCUCCGGACCUUGAUCAUGGCCCUGUGGGCGAACCUGCCUUUCGGCUUGUGGCCCGGCAUGGGCAUGAACGCCUACUUUGCAUACACCAUCGUGGGCUUCAAGGGUGGACAGAACUCUGUGAAGAAGGUGAUGUUUGCUGUAACCAUCGAAGGUGUGAUCUUCAUUCUGAUGUCCCUCUUCGAUCUCCGCAGAUAUGUCUUCAAGGUGUUCCCUACCUGGAUGAUGAAAGCGACGAUGGCCGGCAUCGGCUUGUUCUUGGCCUUCAUCGGCUUGCAGGCGGGCAACGGCAUCGACAUCGUGCGGGAUCAUCCGGCUGUGCUGGUGGACCUCGUGACGCUGACCGGAGAGCACUUCCUGCGCACGUGGAUCGGCAUCGCUUUCUUCUGCCUCAUGAGCUUGUUGAUCCUCCUGCGCGUGCGGGCGGCCGUGAUGAUCGUGAUCCUGCUCAGCGCCAUCCUGUCGUGGAUCUUGAACGCGGCUGCCGUGGAGCAGUUCACCUACAAGCCCAUGUGCUGCCUGGGCAGCGUGUCGUACACGGAGCCGUCGGCCGGGGGUGUGGAGUGGUAUCCGAAGCCCGGCGGCGGAUUUUACCCGAAGCCCACGUGCGAGAACCCGUACACUGUGCCAGGACAGGGCAAGAUGGAGGAGACAGACUCGGGCGUGAGCUUCAGUUGGGAUUCCACGGCCUCUGUGGCGCUUUCGAACGGUGUCUACACCAUCACCAAUGCUGGCUCCUCGGUGAACCACACAGGCAGCCUCUACUUCGAGGGCAUCGCAGCUGGCCGCGACUCCUCCUUCAAUGGCGGCUGCACCGACACCUGCCAUGCCAUGAUGGGUGGCUUCAAUCCUGCCUGCUUCGGCACGGUACUGGUCGAGACAGGCUGCUGGACUUCCAUGUCCUACCAGAGCCGAGCCACACAAUCGCUUGUCCUUGACGAGUUCGGCGAGGGCUGCAUCGGUGGGGCGGGCCGUAUCCCGAAGACUUUCAGCGCCCCCUCCGCCAUCGCCUCCGUUCCGCUCAUCGAGAUGGCCGGAGACCUGGUGGCUCCUUUCGACGGCUGGUACGGCUGCGAUGCGAACGGCGACUGCUUCGCCGGCGACGUGUCGGGUGGCACGAUCCUCGCUUGGGACACGUCGGGCUUCAGCGACUGGCAAGGCUUCUGGAACCCGCUGCUCACCCUGCUGUACAUCGACUUCAUCGGUACGAUGGGCUUCCUCUACGCAGCCGCGGACCUGAGUGGCUUGGUCGACCCGAAAAAGCCGGAGACCUUCCCAGGAUGCUAUGCGGCCUUCAUGGCCGAUGCCGUCGGCACCUUCGUGGGAGGCUUUUUGGGAACCAGCUCCGUGACCACCUACGGCGAGUCCAUGGCCGGCGUCUACGAAGGUGGCCGAACAGGGCUCACGGCUCUGGUCAUCGCUUUCAUGAACUUCAUCUGCAUCUUCCUUACCCCGCUCCUGUCCUCGGUCCCCACCCUCUCCACCGGCCCCGCACUGGUAAUGGUGGGCGUCUUCAUGAUUGAGGGCGUGAAGGACAUCGACUGGACCGACUACAUGCAGGCCAUCCCCUCCACUAUCUGCAUUCUGCUGCAGAUCACUACGUACAAGAUCGAGGUCGGCGUGCUGGGUGCCCUGAUGGUCUGGGCCUUCCUGAUGAUCUUCUCCGGCCGUGUCUUCUUGUACAACGACAAGGUUUGGAACUCCAUGCCGGGAUGGUUCCAGAACUUCGUUGCCAACCAGAACGGCGACGAGGAGUUCCGCAAUCGCCUGAGGGAGGUCGGCAAGCUGCCGCCGGCCGAAGACAAGAUGCCCGCAGAAAUGCAGGCCUAG